AUGGCUCUCGAAAUCGACAGAGAAUGCUGGAAACGCUGGGAGCCAGUCAUCAAGAGACUCGCUGCAACUCACGGCUUUCCCGCCGCCAACCUUUCGCAGCUCACGAAUCUUCUUCGUCUGUUUAAUGGCGAAGGAAGCACAUUCAGAAUCACGGGUGACCGUUGGCGAUUCAUCAUUGAUGCCACGCGCCAAGACAAAUACAUCGUCAAAAUCAUCGCCAUCACUGUCAUCGCACGUCACAACGAGGAUGAGCGCCGCAAUGGAGUUGUUAUUGCCAGAGCAUGCAACCUUCAUCCAAGUUCGGAGCGCGAAGAGCUUCCAGGGGCUCCGCAUUUGAAGUGGUAUCCGGUUACAAGUGGCGGCGAAGUUUACCAACACUGUUGCGCCAAGGAGUGUACCGGCCCUGACAGGUCGACACCGACGUCACGAGGAACUUGGGAAACGUCUCGACUCCGCAUCGUCCAGAAAGCUUACGAGCAGGAGUUGCUGGUCUUGCGAGAACUUCACAGGGAAGCCGCAGCAAAUGCAUCGCCAGCUUUUCAAGGCCAGGAGCAGAGCACUGAACUCUCGGGUGCAAACAAUGAGCCACAGCAUGCCAUGAGGAAGCACAAAAGUUAUGCGAAAAUCGACAGCUAUGAUCGAGAGAAGUUGCUGCAUCUUGCGGAGGGUCUCAUUGACGAGACAGGGUCACUGCGUCAUGAACUGCGAGUGGUGAAUGCGGAAACCGAAACGCUCCGGGCAAGAAACAUUCAACUGGACAAGGAGAACGCCAUGAAGUCCACCACAAUUGGGAGCAUGAGAGCGGACCUAAAGCGCCGUUGCGUUCAGAUGGAAAAGAUGACGAAGGAGGACACCGUGAAAGACGCGACAAUUGAGAACCAGAGGCAUCGUAUCAAGAGUCUCCGCGAGAAGAAUAAGAAGCUCGAGACUGAGGUCAACAAGCGCACAGAGCUGGCCACUCUCAACGAGCAGCUUGAGGCUGGGAGAGCCACUCUGAUUGAGCGACAAGAGGAUCUCACAGGCGAACGAGACGCUCUCAUUGAACGCAAACAAUCUCUUGCGGACAGCAAUGCUGAUCUUGAGGCGAAGAUGGCGAAGAUGGAGCGAAAGAAGGCGCGCAUGGACAGCAAGUUCAGUAGACUCAACGCCAAGCUCCAGUCCCAAAGUGAACACAUCGAAACACUGACGACGGCAAAUGACGAAGUCAGAGAAACGGUCGAAAAGAUGAACGAAUCAACGGCAAAGCUUGAGAGCGAAAAGGCGGAGGCAAUCAAGGUCAGCGAAGGACUCGAGAAGCAGCUCACAGAACUGUAUACCAUGCUCCAUCAGAGUCACACCAAGGUCGAGCAGCUGCAGCGCGACAUUGAAUUGGAAGUUGUACACAAGGGACGCACCCAAGCUGCUCUCAACAAAGCCCAACAGGAUCUACAGCAUCGCUCUACAGCGCAGUCUAACAGGAUCCAGCAGCUCGAGAGGGACGUCAGUGACAAGCACGCCUUUACCCAAAGUCUUCAGAGCGAAAUCUUGUGCCUUCAACAGCGAUCGCAGGGUGCCCAGCACAGCCCGCGCCAUGGCUACGGAGCUCAUCGCGAGCCACUUGUAUCCGCACACAAACUACAGUAUCAGCGGGAGAUCUCCCGCCAAGCCAACGAGAAAGCAAGCGACAUGGAGAGCAAGCUUGAAGCGAUGAAGCUGGCCAUGGAAGCUAUGAAAUCCGAGGUGCAGACCGAGAAGGCGGAGUUGAACGCCCAAAAGGCAGAGACGAAUGCGAAGAAGGCCGAGGUAGAGGCGCUGGCGAAGAAGUGCGCCGAGAGAAUGAAUGCCGCUAAUGCAAAGGAGUCGUACACGAUGAGCUUGGAGAAGCAGCUGGAGGAGAUGAGAGGCAACAUGGAGGGCAUGCUCGGACGCGUAUCGGUCUAUCAGGGCAAGAAGCGUCGCAGAACGGAGGGACCAGAUUUUCAGCUGUGA